AUGGAAGGACGGACAGACGGGGGCCUGGGUAUAGCGAUACGUGCAAAGGAGAGAUCAGCCAAGAGAUUCUCUGUGGAUGGAGUCUUCAAUUACACCUCUCUGCUCCUCAGUAAGGAAGAUAACAUGCUCUAUGUUGGAGCACGAGAGGAGCUCUUCGCCCUCAACCUCUCUGAUAUCAGCAGAGUCAAACUACAACGCAAUCUUACAUGGAGCACCCCAAAAAUGAAGAGAGACGAGUGCAGUUUCAAAGGCAAAGACCUACAGACGGAUUGCUUCAAUUACAUCAAGAUUUUACUGCGUGUGAACAGUACCCAUCUAUACGUGUGUGGAACGUAUGCCUUCAGCCCAAUCUGUGCAUACAUAAACACAGCUGACUUCACCCUGGUGAGAAGCCAGACUGGAGAGAUAGUGACAGAGGACGGGCGCAGCCGCUGCCCUUUCAACCCUGAGUACAAGUCCACUGCCAUCAUAGCCGAUGGAGAACUGUAUGCUGGUACAGUCAGUAAUUUCCAAGGAAAUGAACCUAUCAUUUACAAGAGCCUGGGCCAAGGCGCUGCCCUGAAAACAGAAAACUCCUUGAACUGGCUCCAAGACCCAGCCUUUGUGGGCUCUGCCUACAUCCAGGAGAGCCUGCCCGAAGGCAACCCAGUAGGCGACGAUGAUAAGAUUUACUUCUUCUUCAGCGAAGCGGGAAAAGAGUUCGAUUUUUUUGACAAAACCAUUGUGUCACGCAUCGCUCGCGUGUGUAAGGGUGACAAAGGAGGAGAGAGGGUGCUGCAGAAGAAAUGGACCACCUUCCUAAAAGCACAGCUCCUCUGUUCGCUGCCUGACGAUGGCUUCCCCUUCAACAUCAUCCAGGACAUGUUUGUGUUGACGCCCAGCCCAGAAGACUGGAAGAACACCGUGUUCUAUGGGGUCUUCACUUCACAGUGGUAUAAAGGGGCCUCUGGCAGCUCAGCAGUGUGUGCCUUCACCAUGGACCAGGUGGAGAAGGCCUUCAACGGCCGUUACCGGGAGGUCAACCGGGAGACCCAGCAGUGGUACACCUACAACCACCCUGUCCCUGAGCCACGGCCUGGAACGUGCAUCACUAAUGCAGCCCGGGACCAGGGCAUCCCCUCCUCCAUGCACAUGCCUGACAAGGUAUUGAACUUCGUCAAGGACCACUUCUUGAUGGACAGUGUGAUCCGCAGCCAGCCACUCCUGCUGAAACGCAGUGUCCGCUACACCCAGAUAGCUGUCCACCGGGUCCAAGCCAUCCACAAACACUACAAUGUGCUCUUCAUUGGAACAGAUGACGGGAGACUCCACAAAGCCAUUAAUGUCAACAACAAGAUGCACAUCAUUGAGGAGAUGGUGCUCUUCACUGACCCCCAGCCUGUAGAACACAUAGAACUGGAGUCUGAGAAGGGCCUGCUGUUUGUGUCCUCCUACUCUGGCCUGGUGGAGGUCCCUGUGGCUAACUGCUCCAACUACCAGAGCUGUGGAGAGUGUGUCCUGUCCAGAGACCCUUACUGUGCCUGGACAGGGAGGCAGUGCCUGGAUGUCAGGCUGGCUCCACCAGAUAGCCACUGGCAGCAGGAUGUGGACGAGGCAGACACAUCAGUUAUCUGCAACAAGACACAGCCCAGCCCUCGCUUUGUUAAACCCCCACCCACACGGAUGUCUUCAUGCCAGGUGAUAAUGAUCCCAGCCAACACGUUCAAAGUGCUGCCCUGUAAGCUGCGCUCCAACCUGGCUGAGAGGAAGUGGGAGUACAGUGAGGGUGCAGGUCACUUCCUGUACCCCAGUCCUGAGGGAGGUCUAGUGGUGGUGGCCCAGGCUGACAGACAGGAAACCUAUGAGUGCUGGUCAGUGGAGGAGGGCUUCAGGCAGCUCCUGGCCAACUACUGUGUGAGAGGUGAGGCCAGACAGGAGAGCACCACCCUGAUCGGCCGCUCACGCACCCCUCUGGUCCCCCAGGAGGAGCCAAUCAUCCUACCCGGAGAGACCCGCUCUCCACAGAUCAACACCAAGACCUACUGGAACGAGCUGAUCGUAGUGUGUGCCCUGCUGGGCUUCUCCCUGGUGGUCUUCUCCCUGUUUGUGGUCUACAGGAACCGUGACCGCAUGAAGUCCAUGCUGAAGGAGGGUGAGUGUCCUAACAUGCAGCAGAAGAAACCCAGGAUAGUGGGGAAGCCUGCAGAAAACGUGCCUCUGAAUGGCAACAGCACAGUUCCAGCAUCUGUGUCAGACCACAAGGGUUACCAGACCCUCAAUGACAACUACAUCUGCAACACGCCGUCACAUGAAUGCUCAUCACCAGACAACAGCAAGAGCUUCUCAGAGUCAGAGAAGAGGCCUCUAAACUUGAAGGAGAGCACUGUCGAGAUCUCGCACACCUGCCCGCGGCCUCGGGUGAGACUGGGCUCAGAGAUCAAAGACUCCAUUGUGUGAGGACAGCUUUGAUCAACUUGAGCAGGAGAUAAAACUGUUAUGCAGAGUGACUAACUUUGAACUGUAAGGAAAGAGGGGACUAUAAGUGAAAGAAAAGAAAAACACUAAAGGAGGGAACACUGAAAACCGCCAACCUCUUCUCAAAGAGGGACAUUUCAUUACACUGAUUUUGCACAUUUGUCUUAUUCAUUUUGUCCCUGUAGUCAGUUCUCAUUUCCUUGUUUAGUGACUCUUCUUUCUCUAGUGCAUCUGAAGCACAAUGAAGAGAAGCUGAUACAGAUUGCCUUCAGACUAUUGAAGCUGUGGAAUUAUGCUCAUGGUGGGUGUAGGACACAUACAGCUGAUAUUGUCCUUCUGUAACAAUUUCUAUAUGGUUUAGUCAUGUUUGUAUGCUUUGACACUCAAUCCAUCCAAUUACUCUGUUGGCAUUGCAUUGGAAGUAGAGAGAUACUCUAUGGGUCAAGAACUGACCCUUAACUCUCCCACCUACAUCCAUAAGCAUGGGCUCAGCCCUGCACUGAGACAGACUCAGGAUAGCAGUGGAAUAAAUAACCUCGUAUU